UUGCUGACGAAUGCUGACAAGUGCAGUGGGCGGAAGAAUAGACUAGGCUCAGAAAACCAGCAAUGUAAGAAGUUUCCUCUUUUUAAAAAAAACUAAAUUACAGGACCAUGUAGAAAGUCAGAUUUUUUUGUAAACAGAGGAAUCAUUUGGUGCACCACACGCAGGUUAUGCUAAAUUCUGGCCCGGAUUUUCAGAGAGUCGUGGGGACUCCGUGGAUCUUCCAAAAUGGCAGUUUUCCACAAAUUCAACAUCUAUUCUUGAGUUGUAUCGUUCACAUGGAGAAAAUCUGGAGCAUAAGAGCGAGAGCUCUGUAGGCACUGGGGAUGUGGAGUACAGCAGUAUGCUAAUGCUUGAAGGAAUGCCAGCUAUAAGAAUCAAAACGGAGCCGCCGGAACCUGGGCAAGAGUCAGUUCAAGCUUCUGAAUACGUGCGAAUGGAAGCAGUCCCCAUGUUGAUAAAUAAUGUGAAAAUGGAAUCUUCUGCGUUGCUUAGUGAUCUAAAAACAGAUCCACCAGUGUUACUAAGCAACAUUAAAAUGGAACCACCAGAGGAACUACUUUCGAAUGAUGAUAACCAGCCUCAAACAGAACCUGUUGAUUUGUCCUUAAACAAAUCUAGGACCUCACCCGUAGCGCCAUUGGUUUCAUCUUCGCUUCCAGUUGUAACAGCAGUCUCUUCAUGCUCUUCUUCGGACUUCUCAUCUGGGGGACCAGUCAAUGUUACUUCAGCCAUCCCAGCAGUAUUAUCACCAGGCUCUAUCUUAGCCUCGUCUCAGGGGGUUGGAGGACAGCAGAUCCUGCACGUUAUACACACUGUGCCAUCAAUCAAUUUACCCAGCAAAAUGGGAAACCUGCAGCACAUACCUGUGGUUGUCCAGUCAUUGCCUGUAGUCUACACAACCGUGCAGCCAGAUGGUGUAACAUCAUCAAUCACUGUCCCUCUUAUAGGGGAUGAUGGGAAAAGUGAAGGUGCAGUGAGGAUUGAUCAGAGUCCCAUGUCCCCUAUGGAGACUAAAACUGACAGCGAGGAAGACGAUGACUCACCUAACAUAUCCUUCGACAGCAUUCAUGAGAGCAGCUCUGCCAUUCUCAACCUAUCGGGGGCUAUGCGGGAGGAGGACUCGGUGUGGCAUAUUGAUCCGACCCGGCUGCUGGACGAUCCGUAUGGUGCUCAGAGCAUGCAUGGAAUAAGACGACUUCCAAGAUCUGAGUCGCCUGACCCCAAAAGGAGGCGUGUACACCAGUGUGACUUUGAGGGCUGCAACAAGGUGUAUACAAAGAGUUCUCACUUGAAGGCACAUCGAAGGAUCCACACAGAGCAAGGCCUAUGGCGUACCUUCCAGGCUGCUGUGCAUGAAAACAUUACUGCUGAAGGAGAGAAACCCUACAGAUGCACCUGGGAAGGCUGUACAUGGAAGUUUGCACGCUCUGAUGAGCUGACGAGGCAUUUCCGCAAGCACACAGGCGUUAAGCCUUUCAAAUGCACGGACUGUGACCGGAGCUUUUCCCGCUCGGACCACCUUGCACUGCACCGCAGAAGACACUUGAUGAUGUGAAAGGUACUUUAAGGCCAGCUUCAUAUCAGAGCUCCAGCUCUGCCUCCAUCCCAUUAUUCAGCAUUGCUGAAUUCUGACAGCACCUGCUGUAAGAUGGCACCUGUGGAUGCCAAUUCAGAGAGAGAGAGAGAGAGAGAGAGCCCUGCCGCCCUCAAAAGACUGUGAAACUGUUCAAACCAGCUUUCCUUUUGAUGUUAAGUACUGACUGCAUUUAUGUAAUUUAAGCUAGGCCUGUCAUUUUUGUCAUAAAUUUUUCUUCUUGAUUAUGUUAACACAGGGCAGAGAAAAAGCAGGCAGUCUCUUAUUUGCAGCCCAAAUCAUGUUAAAAGGCAUUUAAAUCCUCAUUGGCUUGUGAUGACUUAAGGUUAAGUAAAAGCAAUAAUGAGGUUGGUGUUAAUUACUAAUGAUGAAUCUUUCAAAGAAAUUAAUAUUCACACUUCAGGUUGUGUCAUUGUAUUUUCCAUUUAAUGUGAACAGUUCAUACGGUGGAAACUCUUGACAUUUUGACCGAUUUUAAUAGUUACCCUGUCUUAAUGUAUGCUUUAUCCAAUCAGUGGUUUAUAGCCAAGAUGCAUAAACUUUGCUGACACAAAUAUGGUUCCUUUUCCCACGUUUCAGCUCUGCACUCCCCUUGGAAUUGUUGAGCAGAUACACUUAAUGAAAGAAAGGGGCUUUCCUUCCUCUGGUAACAACCAUCCUGGGUUACACAGCUAUGUUGUAAAACAGGUUUAUUUUUCAUCCUGCCUCCACUCCCUCCUGAAAUAAUAGAUAAAAGUGGCUAUUAGUUUUGAUCCACUGUAAACAGCUCCUCUCUUAUUCAGGCUUGUGGGAGGUUUUUGCUGAAGCAGCAUUCUCUUUCCACUAACUAGCUCAGCACAGUGAUGGUAUCUGUGGUCUCAGAACCUGUUGCUACUGUUUUUUCACCGUGGCAAUCCCAGUAAUAUUACAGUUUCUGCAAUGGCAGAGACAAAAGCUGGAACUGGUGCCCACACAGCCCUUUGCUGCCACAGAUACUGACUGAGAUGUCUUGGCAGCAAUAUCAGUGAUGUGCCAGUAGUCUUAGUUGCUUACUGUGAAUGUCUCUGCUUGUUACAACAUGAUACAGUUCUGGAGUUGAAUGGUAUAAAUAAAAGAGCAUAUGAACAUUGAACUUGGUCAUUGAAAGCUAACUAUGAAUGUUUCUGUAUUAAUAUACACAAAUUCUUAAACUAUUACUAAUCGCCAGACUCAUUUUCAUUCAGUUUGAUGAACUGUGAAGCCAGAUGUAAAGUUUAAGAUCUCUACUGGUUUAAGAUCUUUUUCUUCUGCUUUAAUGCAUAUUAAUAGAUGCGGGUUAGGGCACAGACUUGCAGCAUUGAAUGACUUGCUGUCAUGGGUGAAAGUUGCAGCUGUCUGAGAUUGCAAAUGUAUGCCCAUCUGCCUUGCCCAUGCUGUUUCUUACUGCCCUGUGAGGUAUUGUUUUGAUUGUGUAACCUAUUUAUCUUGCGUGGUAGUUGUAGAUUGAAAAAAAACUCGGCGAGACCAGCAAAUCACAUUUUAAUCAGAGUAUAUGGGAAUAUUUCUCGAAUGGUCUUCAAGCUUUUGUUGGUGUAAGAGUGAUCUCUAGAUUUCAUUAAUAAAUGACUAAUGCUGAUCAACAAUCA